AUGGGGUUCGAAGGGAUCUUAAGCAGCCGCAAGGCAUUACUACUAUUUGGAAUCCUUGCUUCAAGUAGUAUGGUAUCAUGCCACCCUCUAGCACGAUCCCCAACAAACACAACAUACCCCUAUCAAAAUUCCUCCCUCUGCGUCGACGCACGUCUCGACGACCUCAUCUCCCGCAUGAGCGUAGCAGAAAAAGCAGGCCAACUCUUCCACACCAUCCUCUCCAUGGGCCCCAACGGCACCCUCAAUGAAGACACAACCCUGGGGAACAGCACCACGAAUAUGGUGACGGAGAAAUACAUGUCGCAUUUCAAUCUCUUGAGCGAUGUGGUCAAUGUCACCGAGACGGCUCUCUGGCAUAAUCGUUUACAGGAAUUGGCGCGUAGUGGGACGCGGUGGGGGAUUCCUGUUACCAUGUCUACGGAUCCGAGACAUGCUUUUACGGAGCAGAGAGGAGUGGGGUUUGCGGCCAAUAGCUUUUCCCAGUGGCCGGAGAGUUUGGGACUUGCGGCGUUGAGGGAUAAGGAGAUGGUGCAGAAAUUCGCGGAGGUUGCUAGGGAGGAAUACAUGGCCAUUGGUCUCCGAUCCGCCCUCCACCCUCAAAUCGACCUCUCGACCGAAUACCGCUGGGCUCGAAUUUCCAACACCAUGGGCGAAGACGCAAAUCUCACCUCAGAACUCGUCGUCGCCUACCUCAAAGGUUUCCAAGGCGAGGAACUCGGUCCACACUCCGUCACCACCAUCACGAAACAUUUCCCCGGCGGCGGACCCCUAGAGAAUGGCGAGGACAGUCACUUCACCUAUGGAAAAAACGCCACCUAUCCCGGAAAAAUGUUCGAUCACCAUCUCAUCCCUUUCAAAGCCGCCAUCGCCGCUGGAGCACGACAGAUGAUGCCCUAUUAUUCCCGACCCAUUGGGACGGACUACGAGGAAGUGGGAUUCAGUUUCAACAAAGGUAUCAUUACGGAUCUCCUACGCCAUGAAUUGGGUUUCGAGGGGAUUGUAUGUUCGGAUUGGGGCCUCAUUACGGAUUACGAAGUUUUCGGGCAGAAAAUGCCUGCUGCUGCCUGGGGCGUGGAAUCUCUCAGUGAAUUGGAUCGCGCGGCGCGUGUUAUCGGAGCCGGAGUGGAUCAAUUUGGAGGCGAGCAAAGGCCGGAAUUAAUUGUGCAACUUGUGGAAGAAGGACGACUUUCUGAAGCCAGAAUCGAUGAGUCGGUGCGGAGACUUUUACGGGAGAAAUUCGUGUUGGGACUCUUUGAUAAUCCUUUUGUGGAUGUCGAGAAAGCGGCACGAGUGGUCGGAAACCCAUAUUUUGUGCGUUUGGGCCAGGAAGCACAGCGGGCGAGUUACACGCUAUUGAAAAACGAGCAGGAUAUCCUUCCCCUCAGCGAAAAUUCCCUCGGAAAGGUCUACGUCGAGGGUUUCGAUAAGAGUUACCUGACCAACCGUAGCAUUUCCGUCGUCGAGACGCCCGAGGAAGCGGAUAUCGCUCUGAUGAGAUUACGUGCGCCUUUUGAACCUCGUCCGGGAGGUUUCGAAGCGCGAUUCACGGCUGGAUCAUUGGAAUAUAAUUCCACGGAAAAAGCGCGACAGGCGAAGGUUUUUGCUGCUGUGCCUACUAUUGUGGACAUGUAUCUUGGACGACCGGCGGCGAUUCCGGAAAUUAUGGAGCAGGCUGUUGCGCUUUUGGGGAGUUUUGGGAGUGGGCCGGAUGCGCUUCUGGAUGUUGUUUUUGGGGUUGCGGAGCCCAAGGGGAAACUGCCUUUUGAUUUGCCGAGGAGUGAUGAGGCGGUUGAGGAUAGUAAGGAGGAUGUUCCUUUUGAUACGAAGGAUCCGGUUGCGAGGUUUGGGGAUGGGUUGAGGUAUGGGGAGAGCUGUAGGGGAUGA